AGGUCUGUCAAAAAUCAACUACCAGAAAUGAGAAAUAGAACAUCAGUAACAGAUUUCAUUCUCCUGGGUCUGACCAAUAAUCCAGAAGUUCAGGUUGUGAUUUUCCUCUUUUUAUUUCUCACAUAUGUCCUGAGUGUUACUGGAAAUCUCACUAUCAUUGUUCUCACGCUACUGGAUUCCCACCUAAAGACCCCUAUGUAUUUCUUCCUCAGGAAUUUCUCCUUCUUAGAAAUUUCAUUUACUUCUGUCUGUAACCCUAGAUUUUUGAUCAGCAUCCUAACUGGAGACAAAUCUAUUUCCUACAAUGCUUGUGUAGCUCAGGUGUUUUUCUUUAUCUUCCUUGGUUCAACAGAAUUUUUCCUUCUGGCCUCUAUGUCCUAUGAUCGCUAUGUGGCCAUCUGUAAACCUCUAUAUUAUACAGCCAUCAUGAGUAACAAGAUCUGCUGCCAGCUUGUAGUCGGCUCUUGGCUGGCUGGCUUCUUGGUGAUCUUCCCUCCGCUGACCAUGGGACUGCAGCUGGAUUUCUGUGACUCCAAUGUCAUUGACCACUUCACCUGUGAUUCUGCUCCUUUACUGCAGAUCUCUUGCACAGACACCAGUACUCUGGAGCUCAUGAGCUUUGUUUUAGCUGUGCUUACGCUUAUGUCCACUUUGACGUUAGUAAUUCUCUCCUACUCUUACAUCCUCAGGACAAUUCUGAGAAUCCCCUCAGUCCAACAAAGAAAAAAGGCUUUCUCAACCUGCUCCUCCCACAUGAUUGUUGUCUCUCUCUCUUACGGAAGCUGCAUCUUCAUGUAUGUGAAAACAUCAGCCAAGGAAGGGGUUGCAUUGACAAAAGGGGUAGCUAUGCUCAAUACCUCUGUCGCUCCUAUGCUGAAUCCAUUUAUUUAUACCUUAAGGAACCAGCAGGUUAAACAAGCACUUAAGGAUGUUGUGAGAAAGAUACUUUCCUCAAAUACAUUGAUGUGA